AUGAAUGAGAAUGAAAUGAGCCAAGAAAAAUGGGCUUUAAUUGGGGACUUUAAUUGUAUCCUAAAGAGUGAUGAAAAAAGAGGAGGGCAGGCCUAUAAUAUGUGGAAAAGCAGAGAUUUCCGGCAGUGCAUUGAUACAAUCAACAUGAGGGAAGUGGUAUUCUAUGGAAACCCUUAUACAUGGUGGAAUGGAAGGAGAGGAUCACAAGCUGUAUGGAAAAGAUUGGAUAGAGGAUUUGCUAAUGAAAAAUGGGAGGAGAGCUUCAAAACACAUGUACAUCACUAUGCAAAGGCAUCAUCAGACCAUGCUCCUCUCAUAUUGGAUCUUGAACCAGUAAUCAGAAUAGGAGGAAAGCCAUUCACUUUUAUCAAUUCAUGGGGGGAACAUGAGCAAUUCCUGGGGGUUGUGAGAGAAGCCCGGAGAGAGGGUGUGAGUGGAAAUGAAAUGUACACUUUUGUUACAAAAUUGAAAAGAGUGAAAGAAGUAUUGAAAAAAUGGAAUUGGGAGGUUUUUGGUAACAUAUUUGAGAAGGUGAGGGAGUUAGAGGGGAUGGUGAGGGAGGUGGAAGAAAAAUUGCAAGAAGAACCAACAGAUGAGAGAGUGAUGGAAUUUAAGUUAUUGCAAGCAAGAUUGCAGAAACAAAUAAGAAUAGAGGAUAAGUUCUGGCAACAAAAAGCUCACUCACAAUGGGUUGUGGAGGGGGAGAGAAAUUCAAAAUAUUUUCAGGGUUUGGUGAGGGAGAGAAGGGUUAAACAAGUGAUACACAAAAUAAAGAGGGCAGAGGGAGUGUGGGAGGAGGAUCAAAACCAGAUUGCAGCAAUAGCUGUGGAAUACUUCUAA